AUGAUUCAUUUAGAUCUGCCAGAAACAAAAAAUGUCUUCAUACAAGAAGCACUUAUUAAUGGGCAAAUUAUAUCUGUGGUGCCUACUACUUCAAAGCGUCUUGCAGAAAGGAAAGUUGAGAAAUUUGAGAAAAACAUCAGUAAGAGGGGAUUACCCAAGAAAGGAUACAACUACUCUGUUGAACUUAUUGUUCUUGGGCUUUUAGUUUUCGUGAUUGUCGGAUCAUACAUCUUUCAGAUGAUCAGGGCGGCUACAAGUGGUGAGAUAGCUUGAGUAAAUGAGAAAUGGGAAUGAAGUCUUAUGUAGACUCUUUUGGGUAGAUGGCUGAUUUAUGAAAUUACUAUGUAAGAAAAGAAAAUUUAGACUGCAAUAAUUAAUAAAAUAAAAUGCUUCUAUCUUACUCAAUCAUGUAUUUUAUGCUGAAUUUUCUGCAAGCUCGAAAAUUUCUGUGGUUUCACAAACUUGAGAUUAUUUUGUUAUCAGGAAAAAAAA